GGAUGCUGGGGUAUAUCUGGCAGUGUUUCUAUUCCUCAUGUCUGCGCUUCUGGUUGAAAUGGUUCCUCCGGCUGGUCACAGGAAGAUGCGAGCUGCAGCGUAUUUGUGCCCGCUGCAAAGCUGGAGCGCUGAGGACAGCACAGAUAGAGUAUUCCCUGAAGUCCUCUAAAAGCAAGGUAUUGCGAGCAGCUUUAUCUUUGAAGGAGAAUGGUUUGGAUGAGCAUCUGGCUCAAAUAAUCCAAGAGAAGAGAAUCAAGGAGCAGAAAGAUCCUACGUUUAAGCUGAAUCUCCGUCAGUGUUUGUUACAAAUCAAUGCAUAUAACGAGUUGUUCGAGGCGGUCGAGGAAGUAAGAAAACAGGUGUUUGACUCCGAAAAUAAAGAACAUGAGAACAUGCUUCUGAAGUUGUGGGAUCUGUUAAUGCCGUCAGUGAAGCUGGAAUCGAGGAUCACUAAGCAGUGGGGAAACAUUGGUUUCCAGGGCGACGAUCCCAAGACGGAUUUCAGAGGGAUGGGGAUGCUGGGCCUCACAAACCUCCUUUUUUUCAGUGAGAAUUACACAGACGCAGCCCGGCAGGUCCUGUCACACGCCAGUCACCCCAGACUAGGGUACUCGUAUGCCAUAGUGGGCAUCAAUCUGACAGAGAUGGCUUUCCGCUGUUUCCUGUUGGCAGGUUACCUGGCGUAUGAGUUCGAUAAGUUCUGGUUGGAAGAGGAGCCGGAGAGCAUCAUGGAGUUCAAUCGCUACAGGGAGAAGUUCCACGACAAGGUCAAAGGUCAGCUUCAGAUGCCUGAGGUCACGCUCAUCAUGACCGUGGACCAAGAGAAGUGAUUCCAGCAUUCCAGCAUCAUUGCACAGACAAAAGGAAGCCGCAACAAUUGAUUUGCUUUUCUUUUUCCAUUGACUUCAUGAUAGUUUUUAGUUGGGAAAUGUACAACGUGCAUGAAACUUUAUUUGAAUAUUAAUAAUUAAACAACUGUAUAAACUGUACAUCAAGAGUACAUAGCUGGUUGUUUAGCUACAUUGACCUGGUCAGGGAAAAGACUUGCACUGUUAAGCAUUAUUAAUAAUACUUUCAAAGUGAUGUUUUUAACUCUCCAAUGAACAGAUUGGGAUUCCCUUCACACUUGAGCGUUUUGGUCGUGGUCACGUGACUCCUGCUUCUCAUGUUUGCUCAUCUCAGGAAGAUGACGUUUAUGUUCGAAAGAUGUUGUUUAUUCUUCUGUAUGCAGAUGAUUCGACCUCUUUGCAUGUUAAAGUGUGUUUAAGUUGUAUUAAACCCCGCACCCGUCACCGUCUGCACAAUUCUUUGAUGUGGCCUAUAACGAGUAUUUAAUAACUAAUCUGUUUUGUGAAUAUUGUUAUUCAGACCUCAACUCAAUUCCAAAGUACAGCAUUUGUAUGCACAAACGUCGAUGUGACACUGUGUCGUUGUCUUAUUUAUAAACGCUGUUUGGUUUUGAAGAUGUAACUUUUUAUUCCCGAUGACCCGAUUCAUUUUAUAGAGUUGGAUUCGUACCUAAUGUUGAAGAAUAAAAUUAGU